GGUUCUGCCCACUUCACCUCAACCCCACACUAAUCCAAAUGCCGCUGCAUUGUCCUGAGCACAAUCAGCACAUUGUCCCGAAUCAAGAAAAAAGAUGUCUCUGUGAGGAAGUAGGGAAUGAUGUUCUGUUGUUCUGUUGAGUGGAUAUUGGUUGACGUCAUGCCUUUGUUCUCGUCCGAUGGGCUUCGGACUUUCCGAUCUACGUCUACACCCCACUAGGUGAUCAAUCAAUUCGUGGGGGGACUGGGGUAAAAACAGGGGGAGACGUAACAGGAUCGUCUUGUUCUCUCAGAUGACCUACAUUCUGUUCCGGCUAAUCUGUCAAGAUAACUCUGUCGGGGUCGCUAUCCGCCCCAAACACGCUCCCCGGCUGGAGCUAUAAAGGACUGUCUGGCCCCUCUUGCUGUCAACAAUAUAUCCCACACAACAAACGACUGGUUAACAAUAAUCAUGGGCGGCACUCUGCGACCUUCUGUAUCCUUCAACGAGGAAAAGCCCUCCAACCUGAACGUUGAAUAUGACCCCAUCCAGCUUCUCGGAGACUUAUCCGGUGAAUUCGAUGGAGUCACUGUACCAGCAAAGGGCACUCCCGAGCGAGAGGAAAUGGAGAAGAAGUUGAAGUUCAAGAUCGAUAUGACUAUCAUGCCGGUCGUCAUUGCUAUGUACAUUCUAAACUAUCUCGACCGUAACAACAUCGCCGCUGCAAAGCUAGGAACUCUUCGCGAGGACCUCAAUCUGACUGAUACAAACUACUCUACAUGUGUCUCUAUCCUGUUUGUCGGCUACAUCUUGAUGCAGAUUCCCUCUAACCUCCUGCUCGAGAAGCUCGGACGGCCUUCGCUCUAUCUCCCCCUUGCCAUGGCGAUUUGGGGCGUCUUGUCCGCGUGCACUGCCGCAGUUCAAGGAUUCGGUGGUCUUUUCGCGGUCAGAUUCUUGAUUGGUUUCGCGGAAGCAGUGUUUUACCCCGGAGUAAUGUUUUACCUGUCCUGCUGGUAUACCAAAUACGAGAUUGCUAAGCGGUCCGCCAUCUUUGUCACCGGUUCAUGGGUCUCGGGCGCGUUUUCUGGACUGAUCGCGUAUGGCAUCAUGAAGAAUAUGGACGGUGCUCGCGGCCUCGAAGCAUGGCGCUGGCUUUUUCUUAUCGAAGGUGUCAUCACCGUUGCAGUCGCUCUUGUGUCUAUCUUCAUUCUACCUGAGCUGCCGGCCACUACCAAAUGGCUGUCAAAGGAGGAACGUCUUCUUGGAGUGAUCCGCAUGAUUGAAGACGUCGGACAAGCAGAUGAUGACCACGCGCCAAAGCUCGAUGCGAACGGCGAGCCAGUCGUCGAAGAUCUGCAUGGGAAGUUCAAAACUGCAAUGGAAGGAUUUAUUCUUGCAUCGAAAGACUUCAAAGUCUGUAUCGCGUUCUUUAUGAUGUUCUUCCUGGCUGUUACUGCUGGUGUCAAUACUGUCUUCCCUUCGAUCGUAAAGUCGCUUGGAUACGGCACCGAAGAGACAUACCUUCUCACGGCACCUCCUUGGAUCUUGGUGGCGAUCACCUCGGUGCUGAACUCCUACCAUUCAGAUUACAAGCAGGAGCGAUACUUCCAUUUCCUGUGGGGACCCACCUUGUCCCUCGUGGGCUUUGUGAUUGGUAUCGCAACCACCAAAACCGCGCCCCGUUACGUCGCAAUGAUGCUCUUGCUACAGGUCUACAACUCCUGGUCUUUGGGUUACGCCUGGCUUGCGUCGAUCAUCCCGCGUCCUCCCAUCAAACGAGCAGCGGCAGUCGCGUGCGUCAACAUCGGUGGCAACAUUCCAAACAUCUUUGUUCCGUAUAUUUACUACAGCAAGGCGUCGCCUCACUACUACGCCGGAUUCGCAGUCUGUAUCGCGACUGCGUUGCUGGGUCUUGUGUCUGCUACCGUGCUGAAGAUCAGACUGAACGCGCUUAACAAGAAGUUGGCCGCCGGUGGCAUUGUUGACGGUCUGGACGGCUCGACUGGGUUUAGGUUUUUGUCAUAGACUGGAAUUGUUUUAGAUAAUUUUCUUAGAUAGCUGCAUAAUCGAUAAGGGAUAUUUUUUAACUUGUUUUCUUAUUCUG